AUGCCUGUCUUGUCCUUAGUGAUGAAAAAAUAUUUUAGCUUUUCUUUUCAACCUGCUUUUUACUUAGAACUAAUGUUACCUUGCUCUUUUUCUGCUUCCCGCUUGUCAGGAUUUGGUGGGCUUGAAACUACAAACUCCACUGCCAGUGGGUUUAAUUUUGGGGGUUUCGGAUUAACUGCUAAUCCUGCAGUGAAUUUUAAUAUUGGGAAUUUCGGUGUUUCCACUACCUCAACUCCACCAUUCAAUUUUGGUAACAGUCUGGCAAGUGCAGGUGCAUUCGGAGGAUUCGGGACAACUACCACCACUGCGGCUCCAGCAUUUAGUUUUUCUGCUCCUACCAACACAGGCACCAGUGGGCUCUUUGGCACUACCCAGAAUAAAGGCUUUGGAUUUGGUACUAGUUUUGGCACAGGAACUGGAACUGGCUUGGGUAGUGGGUUGGGAACUGGGCUGGGCUUUGGAGGCUUCGGUACCCAGCAGCAACAGACCACAUUAGGAAGUGGCUUGUUCAGCCAACCUGCUCAGACACCCGCCCAGUCAAACCAGCUCAUCAAUACAGCCAGUGCCCUCUCCGCUCCCACACUCCUAGGAGAUGAGAGAGACGCUAUUUUGGCAAAAUGGAACCAGCUCCAGGCCUUCUGGGGAACAGGCAAAGGGUACUUCAACAACAACAUCGCCCCCGUGGAGUUCACUCAAGAAAACCCCUUUUGCAGGUUUAAGGCUGUGGGUUACAGUUUAAUGCCCAACAACAAAGAUGAAGAUGGCUUCGUGGUCUUGGUCUUCAACAGAAAAGAAACAGAUAUUCGAAGCCAGCAGCAGCAGCUCGUAGAAUCACUACACAAAAUUCUGGGAGGAAACCAGACCCUCACUGUCAACGUGGAAGGUGUUAGAACGAUGCCAGAUGACCAGACAGAAGUGAUCAUCUAUGUCGUGGAGCGCUCGCCCAACGGUACUUCGAGGAGAGUUCCUGCAACGACCCUCUACGCCCACUUUGAACAAGCCAACAUAAAAUCAUCCCUGCAGCAGCUGGGGGUCAGCCUCUCCAUGGCCAGAACAGAGCUUUCCCCAGCACAAGUCAAACAGCUCCUGCAGAACCCUCCUGCUGGUGUUGAUCCUAUUAUAUGGGAACAAGCCAAAGUUGAUAAUCCUGAUCCUGACAAGCUUAUUCCUGUGCCAAUGGUGGGUUUCAAGGAACUGUUGAGAAGAUUGAAGGUCCAAGAUCAGAUGACCAAACAGCAUCAAACUCGAUUAGAUAUAAUAUCAGAAGAUAUCAGUGAGCUGCAGAAAAACCAAACGACAACUAUGGCAAAAAUUGCACAGUACAAAAGGAAACUGAUGGCUCUUUCUCACAGGACAUUACAGGUGUUAAUAAAGCAGGAGAUCCAAAGGAAAAGUGGUUAUGCCAUUCAAGCAGACGAAGAGCAGCUUCGUGUACAGUUAGAUACCAUUCAGUGUGAACUUAAUGCACCUACACAGUUCAAGGGCAGACUGAAUGAGCUCAUGUCCCAAAUCAGGAUGCAAAACCACUUUGGAGCAGUGCGGGCCGAAGAGCGCUAUUACAUAGAUGCAGACCUCUUGAGGGAAAUCAAGCAGCAUCUGAAGCAGCAGCAAGAAGGCCUGAGUCACCUAAUCAGCAUUAUAAAGGAUGAUUUGGAGGACAUCAAACUUAUAGAACAUGGGCUGAACGAGACCAUUCCCAUCAGAGGAGGAGUCUUCAGUUGACAGGGUGGGUGCUGCUGGGCUUACACAGAACACGUUCCUCGAAUUCAUGGGUCACCUUCCAAGGCUAAAACUGUUGAGGUAAAAUAAAAGGCAUCUACGAGCAAUGGGAUUUUGGCUGUUAUCUUUAAAAUUAGCAAAGCCUCUUCUAAACUUUUGAACUUGACCUUUGGAAGGUUUCUAUUUUAUAAAGCUGUAUAUGCUUUAAUAAAAGAGGGAAAACUGAAUCUGUUCAGAUACUGGUUUACUAUAAAAAUAUAUAUGUACUAUUGUACAUUUUCUUCUUUUUCUUUUUUU